CUCUCUAUAACUACAUUAUUUAUCUCUGUAUCUCUCUCAGUCUAUAAUUAUUAUCUCAGAAAGCAAAGAAAAAAGCAGCAAAAAGUAGAUACGAAGAGAGGAUUAGACCUUUUUGUAGCAAUGAAAAGGUUGUUUCAGUACUCAUACUAUAGCCUUAUUGCACCCUUCAUAAACCAGCUCCUGCACACUACGUACUGAAGAAAAAGGAAAAAAAAGCCUGAAUUACAUACAUACGUCCAUAAAUUCUAUGUGAAAUGUCUCUUUUGCCGAAUUUGACUUUCCACGAAUAAAUACCACUUAGCUACGUACGCUCUUAUAUUUUCUUCUUCCUUUUUUCUUUUUCUUCUCUUUUCGGGAUAAGAGUUUUUUCUUUUUUUUUUUUUGAAAAAAUAUUUGUUUCUCUCUAUUUUUCUGAGCAUGACCAGUCCUUUUUUUCUCCCAUGAGAAAAGAAAACAAUACAAACAAAAUCCUCACAUAAAGCUGAACUGUCUAUUUCUCUUUCGAUUCAUUUGCAGAAUUCUCUCAAACUCUUCUGCUCUUCUUUAAUUUCUUUCCUCCAUUAUAAUUUUUCACCUCGGUUGGUUUCCCAAUAUUACCCAGAGACGUACCCACUACUAGUCUCGUCUCUUUCUCUCUUAAUUAGUUUCUUUCUUUUUAUUACUUAAUUUUAGAUAUUUAUAUAUACAUAAAUACUACUCUCAAAUGAUGCAAUUCACUACUACCAGUACUACUCCUACUCCUACUACUACAACAAUUACACCUCCAAAUAUUCCUCCAAUAUUAUUGUGUAAUAAUCUUCCUAUUAUGAACAAAACCCAAUUAAACCGAGGUCAUCAUCAUCAUCGUCCAUGGCCAGGAGGUUUCCCAACCUCCAAGGCCUUAGGAACCUCCUUUGGGGACGCCAAUUGCAUGGAGCAACUUCUAGUUCAUUGCGCCAACGCCAUUGAAACCAACGACGUCACUUUGGCCCAACAGAUCUUGUGGGUCCUCAACAACAUAGCUCAACCAGACGGAGAUUCAAACCAGAGACUCACCUCAGCUUUCCUCCGAGCCCUAAUCACACGCGCCGCACGCAUCGGCACCAGCUGCAUCAAGAUGCUCGCCUCAGCCGUUGCAGUUCAAACCCAAAACGACGAUAAUCUCAACGUCGUUUUUGACGUUCCACACAGAUUCUCAGUCAUUGACUUCGCUACCUUCAUCGACUUGACACCCUGGCACCGCUUCGGCUUCACAGCCGCUAACGCAGCCAUCCUAGAAGCCGUCGAGGGCUUUUCGGUAAUUCACUUGGUCGAUUUGAGCUCAACUCACUGCAUGCAGAUCCCAACCUUACUCGACGCCAUUGCCUCCCGACACUACGAGGUGACACCUGUAAUCAAACUGACGGUAGUGGUGGCAGCAGAAGCAAACGACGUCGUUCCACCAAUCCUUGACAUCUCAUACGACGAACUCGGUUUAAAGUUGGUCAACUUCGCUCGGUCAAGAAACAUAAUUCUAGAAUUUCGGUUAGUUCAUUCAACUUACUCAGACGGUUUCGCUUCACUAAUCGAACAUCUCCGACUCCAACAACAACAGUACUUAGUUAAUAAUAAUCAUAAUUACGAAAUAACCCCCGAAGCUCUCGUUAUUAACUGUCACAUGAUGCUUCAUUACAUCCCAGAAGAAACCCUCAUAAACAGUAAUAAUAAUAAUAAUGAUAAUGAUAUUAACUGUUCAUCAUCGUCAUCCUCUCUGAGAUCAAUGUUUUUGAAAUCGAUUCGGAGUUUGGAUCCAAACGUGGUCGUUUUAGUGGAUGAAGACGCAGACUUAACGUCUAAUAACUUGGUGUGUAGAUUAAGGUCUGCGUUUAACUUUCUUUGGAUACCUUAUGACACGGUGGAGACUUUUCUUCCUAAGGGGAGUAAACAAAGGCAGUGGUACGAAGCCGAUAUUGGUUGGAAGAUUGAGAACGUAAUUGCUAAUGAAGGAGUUCAGAGAGUGGAGAGGCUUGAGCCGAAGAGUAGGUGGGUUCAGAGGAUGAGAAAUGCGAGUUUUCGGAGCGUUGGAUUCGGAGAAGAAGCUGUUUCGGAGGUUAAGACUAUGCUUGAUGAACAUGCUGCUGGUUGGGGACUUAAGAAGGAAGAUGAAGAUCAUCUUGUUCUUACUUGGAAAGGACAUAAUGUUGUUUUUGCUACUCUUUGGAUGCCUGCUUCUGUUGCACUAACUACUACUAAUUAAUUAAUGCUUCUUACUUAAUUAUUAAUUAGAUACUUAAUAAUUAAUUUAAGUAGCAUAUUAUUAUUAUUAUCUAAUUUUAUAUAUUAUAAUUAUCUGAUUGGUUGAUGAGUGUUUUCUUCUGUUAUAUUUUUUCUAUAAUUUGUAGUUUAAACAUUAUGUAUAUAUAUGGUGCUCUUUCUAAUUAUAUCGUAAUCGUAAUUAAUUAUUAUAAAGGUAAUAAGCUGUAAAAAAAUGAAUAUGAAAAGGUCCUCUCGUGUUUAUUUUCAAUGCCAAUUUUAUACUGCUAUGUGUGUGUUGUUAUAAAUAAGUUUUAUAAUAAUAAGUUCAACUUUAAACUUUAAAAAUUUAUAUUUAAAUAUAAAAAAAUUAUACAUUUAUUUGAAGCUCUAAAACUCUCUUUAUAAUUCAAAUUUUAA